AUGCCCGCGCGCGCCGCCGAACCGCGCGCGGCGUCGGCGAACGCGACGCCCGAUGACGCCACGAACGAUGUCGACGAACUUCGUGACGUCUCACCGAGCGAGGCGUACGGGUUCGCGUCGAUGUGUCUCACCGCGGUUGGAUUCGCGCUCUGGUUAUUCUGCCUCUUCGCUUCCGACGACGCGCUCGAGCGCCUCGGCGCGCCGUCGGGGAAAGCGGCGAAGCACUACGCGCGGGUGUUUCCCAUCUGGCUCAUCGCCGCGUGCAUUUACGCGCUCCUGGGGUACGAGUGUUUGAAUCUGAUGGCGACGCCGGCAGAUUUCGACGAGCGCUUCGGGCAACGGGCCGCCGACCGCUCGGAGUACGUGUUGGAUGAAGCGGACGACGAACAUUUCGAGCCGUUCCCGAAGGAAGCGACGCACGUCGUGCCGCUGUUUCGCGAUAUCGUGCAGUACGAGAUCACGCGUAGGAUGUUUAAGCGACGAGAGUUUGAGGCGGCGGAGGAGGAAGAACGCGCGAGGAGAAGCGAGGAGACGCCUGGACGGCGCACGCGGUCGAGGUCGCGGCGCGCCUCCUGA